AUGAAGCGCAAAGAACCGUCGUCAGUGGCCCAGGCCAGCGCUACAAAACGCUCUCGAGCACGACUCGAAGUUCCUGACUAUCAUCUGAGCCCAUCUGUUCGAGAUGAGAAGACGAGUGAUGCGAUAUGGCCAGCUCCAGAAGCUCAAAUGAAGCAAGCUCGCGACAUUAUCCUUGAAUGUGCCCGGUCGCAAAAGCGAACAAUAAUAGUGCCAGACAAGGAUGCAGACGGCUUGUCGUCUGGCGUGAUCCUCCAUCGUACCCUGGUUCUGCUUGGUUUGAAUCCCGAAUUGAUUCGCGUUCAUCUACUAAGUAAAGGCCAAACGAUCCACCAUGAGCAUGAAAGGGAGGCCAUGGCUGCCCUAUCCCCCGAUUACAUCUUCGUCCUUGAUCAAGGGUCUCGCAAGUCUGGACCUCUGAUAGCUGCACCCCACACUGGUCUUGUCAUUGACCAUCAUCAUGCAACGCCUGAGGAUUUCCCUGAAGGUUCAGCAUUCUGCACAGCCAACCAAUCUCCGCCUGUGGUGACUUCUGCUCUCCUUACCUAUCUGCUUUGUGAACCGCUUCACGCUGGUGUCAGCGACAGAACCGACUGGUUGUGUGUGGUUGGAACCCAUGGCGAUUUGGGCACCACUCUGAAAUGGGAAGAUCCAUUCCCAGAUAUGUCUGCCACUCUGAAGAAGUACACCAAGAAGGCCCUUAACGAUGUAGUAUCAUAUGUGAAUGCGCCUAGACGAACAGCAACGUACGAUGUCAGCUCUGCCUUCGAUGCACUCCUUUCAGCUGAACAUCCCAAGGACGUGUUAAAACAUUCGAGAUUGCUUGCUGCACGUCAGGAGGUCAAUGCCGAGGUGGAAAGGUGUACUCACACCGCGCCCAGGUUCAGCCAGGAUGGCAAAGUUGCUGUGUUCAAAAUCAAAUCAGAAGCACAAGUGCAUCCAGUCAUUGCGACCAGAUGGGCUGGUCACCUGCAAAGCAAAGCUUUGGAGAUCGUCAUGGUGGCCAAUGAGGGUUAUCUUCCAGGCAAAGUCAACUUCAGCUGUCGUGUCCCUCGAUGUGCGAAAGCCCGAGAUCCGUCGGUCGACAUCAUUCAGAGUCUCAAAGCAUAUGCCAGCUUGAAGCCGGUGAAAGACGAGGACGACGAUAACGACGGCGGUCUUCCAGACCAACACGAGAUACCACUUCUGGAACGUUUAGGAGACGACUUUGCUCGAGGACAUGUGCAGGCGAGUGGUGGCAUCGUUGAUGUCGAUCAAUUCGAAGAACUAAUGCGCUUGAUGCGUGUUGGUGAGAAGAAGGAAAAGAAGCAGGGAGCAAGCCCUCAGAAGGGGAAGAAGCCUAUCGAUGCAGGACAAAGCAACAAGCUAACGAGUUACUUUGGCAAGAAGAGUGCAUGA